AUGAUAGCAAUAAAAAGACAUGUAAAUGUGAUACAAGAGAGUGGAAACGGGCGAAAUUGCCCAAAAAAGUGUGGYGAAAAGGACGAACCUAUUUGUGGAACUGAUGGAAAUACGUAUAACAAUCCAUGUCUGCUUGACCUUAGUGCUUGUGAACAGAAUAAGAAAAUACUUAUGGUUCACAGAGGACGAUGCAAUCCUUGUAACACGCACGAGUGUACAGCUCCGCCCAACUCCAGGUGUGUGGUGGAUGACAAUGGGCUGCCUGAGUGUGUUUGCACCUUUAGAUGUUAUCCAUUCAAAAGGGAGGUCUGUGGGUCGGACGGACAGACGUACAGAAACAAGUGUGAGAUGCAGAAAAGCUCMUGUAACGAGAAUGUUCGUAUCACCAUCGCAAAUGCCGGUCCUUGCGGUAGAAGGGGAGCAUGCAGCAGAGUGAAAUGUCCUGGAACAUCCAUUUGUAARAUAAUUCGUGGUAGAACGAGGUGUGUUAGCCGGAAAAGAUGUAAAUUACAUUGUCCGCGRAUAUACAAGCCUGUAUGUGGGACCAAUCAAAAAACCUUCAGCAAUCAAUGUACACUUGAACGAUUAAUGUGCAUAAAGCACUUGGAUAUUGUUGUUUCUUAUAAAGGGAGAUGUCGAGCUGUUAGAGGAGCUUGCAGGAGGAAGAAAUGCCCAAAAGGAAUGUACUGCCAGUUAAAGACGAGGCAACCAAGAUGUGUCCGUGCUUGUCGGAGGUUCUGCCCGAGAGUCUAUCAGCCUGUUUGUGCCGAUGAUGGYCGUACAUAYUCAAGUAACUGUGAACGAGAACGUGAGGCAUGCGAAACUAAUACUAAGAUAAAGGUUGUGAUCCCAGGAAGAUGCAUAGAUAGUAAAUUUGGCUGUGAACGUAUUUCCUGUCGACCUCAUCACAUUUGUAAGAACAUUUUCGGAAGUCCAAAGUGCUACAGACGAGUGUGCAAAAGGUGGUGUGCAAGGAUCUACCGUCCUGUCUGUGCAUCAGAUGGGAAAACAUAUCCAAACGAGUGCGAGAUGCAUAUGCAAUCAUGUCGAAAUCGCAAGAUUGUGAGGAAACUGCGGAACGGACGAUGUGGCAGAUCUGUUGGCUGCCAACUUUUAUCAUGUGUGCUGGACAAAAAGCCAUACUCAUAUUGUAAAUUAAUCAACAAAGAGCCUUCUUGUGUAUGCAAAGACAAGUGCCCAACGUAUAAACAGCCAGUAUGUGGUUCUGACAAGAAGACCUACGAUACAAGAUGUCAUUUGGAAAUGAUAUCAUGUAAGACAGAAGUGAGAAUAACAGUUGCCUAUGAUGGACAAUGUAGAGAGACUUGUGAGACUAAAGACUGUUCCAGCAAACACUACUCAGUUUGUCAGACUCAGGGUGACAAAGCAUUCUGUGUGUGUCCCUCAAACUGCAACUUGGACCGMAACCAGGUCUGUGGAUCCGAUGGAGUAACGUAUAUCAACCAGUGCUUGAUGAAAAGAUAUUCAUGUUAUAACAAUAAACUUGUUACACUCAAGCACAUGGGGAACUGUUCAAUUGGAUCGUGUGUAACGAAAAAUUGCACAAGAAUGCCAUACUCAACAUGCAACAUUGUCAAUAAACAACCAACUUGCAUUUGCCCGACAUUUUGUGCAAAGAUUUUCAAGCCAGUUUGUGGAUCAGAUAACAGGACUUAUCCURACGCAUGCAUUAUGAAGAAAAUUGCCUGUGAAAAUGGAACUAUGAUUACCAUCAAAGCAAACCGGAAAUGCAGAGAAAGUUCCCCGUAUAAAAAAGAAGAUGCAGGACCAGAAACAUGUGGCCAAAAGAACUGUUCUGGUUUGCCAUAUAUGACAUGUAAAAUGAUAAAUAACAAACCAACUUGUACUUGUCCGACAUCUUGUACCAAAAUUUUCAAGCCUGUCUGUGGUUCAGAUGAUAAGACAUAUCCUAACUCCUGCAUCAUGGAGAAAACAUCCUGCGAAAAUGAAAARAUGAUUAUCACCMAAGCAAAUGGAAAAUGCAAAGGUGAACAGAAAUCAAGCAUCGCAUGUUUGAAUUUUCUAUUAAGAUCAAAUUAUAAUGGGCCUUUCUUAUGA